UCCAAAAUCCGGAGCAAAAAAAAAAAAAUUUGUUUUUCGUUUGAAUGUACGACUUGAAUACGUUAACAAAAGUCUCAACAAUUUGAAAAAGUGGAAGUUUACGUAAAUUAUGUGAAAAUUAAGUUCCUGACCGUAAGAAAAAAAAAAAAUCUGCACACAUUAGAAAUAAAAUCCUUUUCAAUGCCUCUUUUGUUAACUUGUAAAUAUAGCUGAAAAUAACUUUAUAAUGGGUUGCUAUUAUCUGCUUUGGUAUCUGCUAGCUGUUUGCACUUUUGAAGAUCCUGUUGAAUUUGAGUCAUCAAGUAUGAAUCUUACAAAGAAUACUUCUAAUGCCAAAGAAAAUGCUCUUCCACUGGUGAGUAAAAAUUUAGCUACUUAGCAUGAAAAAGAUCUACAUUAUUGCUUUCGCUUGAGAUUUUGAUACAUGAUGAAUAAUUCAAGUUUUUCAGCAUUAAAUGAUGACUCCGAGUUUUCUAUUUUCACAUCUACACCUGUAUCCAGAAAGUCCUUUAGGCGGUGUAAUAAUAAUGAAAGUAUACUUAAUCCAUGCAGUAUAACAUAUGAGUUUCUUGGGGAUGAUGAUUUGUUUGAAAAUAUUUGUGCUAAUGACCUCAAUGGAAAACCAGAUUGUGUUGCUUUAGAAACUGUUUGUAAAAAUGAUGAUUUUUCGGAAAAAGUCAAGAUUAAAGAAAAAGAAAAUGCUAUUCAAUCGAAACCAGUUGCUGAUGUAAACAAUUCAUUAAUUUGUCAUUCUCAACAUCCAGAAACUAGCCUACUUUCGCAAAAUAAAAGAAGAGGCUCCAGCUCAUGGCAUAACUGUAGUUUUCCCUCUUUGUCAUUAAAUAGCAUUCUUAACGAAGAUUCACCUGAUGGAAGUGACAGUUUUACUUCACACAUCAUAAAAAAAUUGAAACAUAAUGCUUCUACUGGUCCUAAAAGUCCUAAAAGCUCAUUGUCUCAAAUAAAACGUGCCAGUAUUUUAUUUGCGCUAGAUGAAGCUCAAAAGCUUCAUGAACAACUUUCACAAAGUUCUGUUGGACCUUUUUAUGGUUUGCCUUCAACUUUACCGGAUCUUUUGCGGACUCACAAGGGAAUUGAUGAGCUAUAUGUGUGGCAGCAGGAGUGUCUCACAUUGCCUGCUGUGAAGCAGAAACAAAAUCUCAUAUAUUCACUCCCCACCAGUGGUGGAAAAACUCUUGUUGCUGAAAUUUUGAUCAUGCGAGAACUUUUGUGCCAUUUGAAAGAUGCUGUUUUAGUCUUACCAUAUAUUUCUCUAGUCCAAGAAAAAGUUCGAGGUCUUUCACCAUUUGCUGUUGAUUUAGAUUUUGUAAUUGAGGAAUGUGCUGGCAUCAAAGGUACCAUUCCUCCUCGUAAAAGAAGAAAGCGCCAUGUUCUGUACAUCUGUACAAUUGAAAAAGCACAUUCUUUGAUUAAUUCCUUGAUUGAAAAUCACAGGAUGCCUGAAAUUGGCCUUAUAGUAGUUGAUGAACUGCAUAUGAUUGGUGAAUCUGGUGGUAGAGGUGCUAUUCUUGAAGCCUUGUUGUCUAAGAUUCUUUUUGUGUCAAGAAGUACUCAAAUAAUUGGUAUGAGUGCAACUUUGAGCAACAUGGCAGAUUUGCAGAAAUUUUUGAAUGCGGAUGUUUAUGAGAAAGAUUUUCGUCCCAUUGAAUUAAAAGAAUAUGUUAAAGUUGGAAGUGAGUUGUAUGAAUUAACCAAUAAAAAUGCUAAUGAAUGGCAUCUGUCUCGAACCCUUAACUAUGGAUAUUCAAAAGAGAAGGCUUUACGUGAUCCAGACAUGAUCACUGGCCUUAUUAUGGAAGUAAUACCUCAAAAUUCCUGUUUAAUAUUUUGUCCAACUAAAAAACAUUGUGAAAAUGUUGCUAUAACUGUCUGUCAUUUACUACCAGAAUCGCUAUUAGAACAUAAAAAAGCUGAAAAAGAAGCAUUUUUGAGUGCUUUAUCUGAAGAAGGUCAUGGAAAUGUAUGCAAUAUAUUGAAACAAUCUGUUAAAUUUGGUAUUGCAUACCACCACAGUGGGUUAACUAUGGAUGAACGUAAAUUGAUAGAAGAGGCUUAUUUGAAUGGUAUACUUUGCUGUUUGACAUGUACUUCAACUCUUGCUGCUGGAGUUAAUUUGCCGGCAAAAAGAGUUAUCCUUAGAGCUCCAUAUGUAGGAAGAGACUUUAUAACUUUUAGUCGUUAUAAACAAAUGGUUGGUAGAGCAGGUCGAGCUGGAAUCGACAGUUCUGGGGAAAGUAUAUUAAUUAUAAAACCAAGUGAAAGGUUACACAUUGCAAAUCUUUUGACAUCAGAUAUGGAUUCAUGUCAAAGUACUUUCAAUACAGAGCCUGAUAGACUUCAUAUGUUGUUGUUAGGUUUAGUUGGAUUGAACUUGGCACAUAAUCUUGCGGAUGUAUACUCUUUCAUGAAUAAUACUUUAUCUGCUGUCCAAACUAGAGACUCUGGAUGCAGCCCUAGUGAGGUUUUUCAGAAAACAAUGAAUAAUUUAUGUGAUAAUGGUUUGAUGGUGAAAGAUAAUGAUAAGUUUUUCAUCUCAGAUUUAGGAAAAGCGGCUUUCCGAGGUGGUGUUGAUAUUGCUACAGCAGAAGAGUUUUUGAAACGUCUAAGAAAUGGAAUGAAUGGCUUAGUACUUCAUUCUUACUUGCACUUGCUGUAUAUAACAACACCUGUUGAAUUUUCUCAAUCUAUACCACUGAUACCUGAUAUUCUUCUGGAAAAAUAUUCAUCCUUGAGUUCUGAAGACAUGAUUGUUGCUGAGCAGAUUGGUGUUACUGAGAGGCUAGUGAUGCUAUUGGCUAGUGGGAGGAACUCUAAUGCUAAGAAUAAAGCACUUUUGCAUCAUUUUUAUUUGACUCUAAUCUUGUAUGACCUGUGGAAGCAAAAUUCUGUGUGGUCUGUAGCACAGGAAUAUCAGGUACAUCGUGGAGUGAUACAGAAUAUGUUGAACAGUGCGAGUGCUCUUGGAGCUAUAAUGAGUAAUUUCUGUCAAGAACUGCCUGAAUUUUGGGCAUACCAGCAAUUACUGCCAAGCUUUGUAAAACAACUAUCUUAUUGUGUGACAAUGGAACUCAUACCUCUUAUGGAACUUCCAGCAGUGAAGAGGGGUCGUGCUAAGCAGCUAUAUAUUGCCGGUUUCAAAACAUUGGCACAUAUAGCACGGGUAAAUCCACAUGAUUUGGUGAAUAAAGUCAAUCACUUGCCUUACAAAACAGCAGCCCAAAUUGUUUCUGCUGCUAAAAUGAUACUUACAGAAAAAGCAGAAGCUCUACAUGAAGAAGCAGAACAACUCAUUGAAGAAUUCGACCAGAACUGUUCAAUGUUUAAUGACAUAGAUUUAUGAUGACUUUAAAAGUUUGGCAAUAGAUGGGCAAUUUUUUCAUAAUUAAUAAAAUAAACAUAAUGUAUAUUUUUCAAUUUGUUUUCGCCAUAGAAUAAAUAAUAACCUAUAUGUAAGGUGUUUUGUGAGUAAAGUUCAGAAAUGAUCUAAAACAAUUCUUUUAUUGUUGUUUUGAAAAAUAAUUAUGACCUCUCAAUUAUCCAUUCUUCCUUUCAUAAUUCUUUUUCUUUAACCCCUUACCUGCCUAGAAAAUCUUAAGCUAUGCACUCCAUAGUGUCACUAUUUUUUGCAUAAGCACAUGUGUUUUUGCGAUACAUUAGGGGGAAAUAAAUGCAACUUUUGCUGUUUAAAAACUCUCUACUUUCACAAAAUAAAGAAUAAGAGAAAACAAUGAAAACACAAAUAUUGUAUUUUAAAGCUUUAGGAAUGAUUUUAUCAAGGCAUAUAUCGUCAUGUUCGAGUCAUCUAAUCCCAGGAAUAACAGUAGAGUAUCCUACUGUUGCUUUGAGGAGACAGUAUAUACGCCCACAACAAUUAAGGGGUAAAUUCAACAAGUGUUAGUGGUGCUGGCCAGUAUUGCAGGAGAAUAAUUUUGAAUUGCUGACAAAACCCUUCUAAUGCAUCAUUAAAAUGUUUUAUGGAAAUUUGUCAAACUAUCGAUCUAAAAAUUUUUGCUGCAGAAAAAAAAAAAUCAAAUGUAGCUAAAGACGAGUUAAAAUUAUAGAAUAAUAGACUAUAUUUCUGUCAGAAUUGUUAUUCUUAAUUAGUAUUAGUAUGAGCAAUACAAUUUAAGAAAUACAAAUAUAUCAAGCUUGAAUUAAAAUACAGUCAGAUCUCGAUAACUCAAAGCUUAAAACUAUAUACAUUCCUGUAUCUCAAAAAUUUUAUUGGGUCCCAAACUCUUGAGACUGUUGUGGAAACUAAUACACAUGACUCAAACUACCAGUAACUCGAACGUUUUAAAUGGUCCCUUCUCGGGGCUUCGAGUUAUUGAGAGUUGACUGUAAGUUGAUUGACAAAGAUAUAAGAGUUUUCUGAUGAUGUUGUUUAAAAGAUGUAACAAUUUUCUGACACAUGCAAAAGCAUUAAAAAAUUCUUCAAUGAUUGGUGUUCUAAACCAGAAGAAUAACGACUGUUUUCUCACCUCUUUGAAGUUGCCAAGGCUUUAAAAUUAGUCAAUUAAGCAAAAAACUGAAUCCUAUAUUCUUAGUUGUUUAGACAAAAGACAAAAUUAAAUGUGUCAAGCCGCUAUUGACAUUUUUGUUGCGUUCUCAUAAAAUUGAUAAGCAAGUGAGUAAGAUUUGCAGUGCAAGACUCAUUUUGUUUACACUUUCCUGUUGCAUAUAUGGUUGUGUUCGAUGAGCAACCGGUAGCUCACCGGUUGGUCGAUCACAUGACAAAUAAUGACGUCAUCUCCAAUGCUUUAGCAUUGGCUGACGUCAUUAGUGUCACAUGAUCAAUCGACCCGUCGCUGCCGGUUGAGGUCGUCAAACAUAAGCUAGAUUGGCAGCACUCCUAGUAAACAUUUGAUAGUGCAUUUAAGUUUUUUUACGUAAGUGCAUUCUCAUAAAAUUUAUAGCAAGAGUAAUAUUUGCAUUGUGAGACUCAUUUAGUUUACACUUUCCCGUUGCAUAUAGAUUUGCAGCACUCAUGCUCAAUUCUUGACGUUUCAUUUGUGUUUUCUUCACUAAAGUGCAUUUUUUUCAUUAGCUCUUUUUUUGUGGUCUCUUAAUCUACAGUCUUCAUUUUUCUUCUUCCUUUACUUUCAUUUUCUUGAUUACUACCAUUUAUAGAAGUUUAUUGUAAUUCUAAGCAUUUUUUAAGAUAAUAUUUAAAAGUGAAAGAGGUUUGUUAACUUGUACAUGAGAGUUAAAAGGAAAAAAGCUCUUACUAAAUAACCAAUGUUAAAGACACCAAAU